AUGGAGACAUCAAACCCUAUGGCGACGACUUCGACAAGCACUUUCCGACUUCCAAAUGUGAAGGAUUCAUAUAUUCUUACGAAAAAUCAUUCUCAAUCAUGCCAUGAUUUAGCAUCAGCUUUAAUUAAUCCUAAAAGCAGUCUCUCUAUUAGUUAUACUAAAAAUCUCAACGAAUAUCCUAUGCCUUAUACUUUUUCUCAAAAAAUUCCUACCAAAGAAGACAUCAGAAAAUACAACGAAGAAUUUUUAUCAAGCAAAAAAAAAUGCCUUGAAACUUCCCCAGAGCCACCACUAGUAAAGUCUGAAAGAGUGAUAAAGCUGCCUAGAAUCAAGUUAAGUGAGGUCAGAAAAGGAAUUUUUUCUGAAACAAAUUGGCAUAAUAAUGAUGCUGAAGUUAAUAUGCCUGAAGAGCAAAAGGCAACGAGAUAUUCUGCAAGACCUGAAGGCCUUAAUGAGUCUUGGAAAACUAUCUUUCCCACAAAAGGACUGCCAUAUAAUAAUAUUCCGAAUACCACUAGUAAAAGAUUUACGGUUAUUGACCCGAAAAACGAUAUUGAGUUGUCAAAUUUUAUAGUAAAUUCUACGAAUGCGUUUAAAACAGAGUGGUCGAAAAGAAAUGGUUUCAAAGACCGAAAGUUCUUUCCGGAGCUUCACCCUGAGUUUUUAGGGGUCACAAAAGACAAUUUCAGAAAAAGGGAUGAUUUUGUGGAUUAUAGGGAAAAUAUGCUGAAGGUUAAAGAAAUGAUGGGUGGAGCUUGGGGAACGAAAAAAUAA